CGAAUUAAGUCAACACAACUAUUCACGAUAUAGCAAAAGAAUGUGGUGGUGUUUGUGUGAAUGUAAAGGUGCAUUUAUCGUUAUAAACGUUUAAAGUUCUGUUUCGUUUGUUUUGUUGUGUGAAGUUGUUGUUGUGAAUAUCAAUGCGAGAGAGAGUCAUGAGAAGUGGCACACUUUGUGAUUUGUGUUUAGAUGAGAGAGAAAAAAAUGUAUAAUGUUGGGAAAUAACGAUGAAAGAAAAAGUGUGUGGAGAAAAAAAAGAUGAAGCAAAAACAUGGUACACGGUACAUCCAAUUCUGUGUUUGUGCUCGGUUAAUUUCGAUUGCACAAUAUCUUGAUUGAAAAAGUGAAACUGUGUGCUACGCAGCACACAUACUACAUACGUUUAGAGAGGAAUAGUUUUACAAACGCGAUUACGAUGGAUAAACAACAAUUAUGAAUAUUCAUAUUUUAAUUUUACAAACAUGCAACAUAAGCCUUAGUGCAGUGUUAUCGGCCAAUGAAAACAAAGAAAGUGUGUAAUAGAAACGCAUUCCACAAGCCACAUUAUGGUCAAGUAGUGAUAAGUGUAUGAAUUGAACCCAGUUAAUUAAAAACCCAGCCAUUAAAACAGUUAAAUAGAUUUAACUCCUAACAAAAUGCCAUUGACUAUGAAUCAUGCUAAGAGGGCGAUAAAUCACCAGCGAAAACAAAUUUUCAAGUGCAAAAGUGUUUUGAAAAAGAGGAAAUUCAAUGAAACCAGACACUUGAGCUGGCACAAUUGGAUGCUUUGUGUCGUAUUUUUAGUUUUGCCAUAUUUAUGUGAGUGUCAGCUGUAUUCAACGCGCGAUCCGAGAUGGUACAGUCGUGAAGGAGACUAUAAUUAUCAAUGGCCAAAUCCAGGCGAUCCAGAAUAUCGGACAUAUACAUAUAACGAUCGCAGAUAUGGACAUUAUCAGCCAAAUGGUUACGGUUACCAAUAUCCUGGACAAAAACUUCCGUCUCAAUACCCACAGGGUGUUCCUCUUGGUGAAGAUAAAUUCAAAUAUGAUCCGAAUAAUCCACAAAACGUUCAAACUCCAUUCCCUGGAAUAUUGGGUGGAUGGAGAGAGGAUUUACAAGGUGCGCAAAGACGUGAUUCGUUGCUAUUGGACCGAGAUGUUUUUGUGACAACAAACUAUGGUCAAGUGCAAGGAUUUAAGGUUCGAUUGUAUGACGAUCCCGAUCCGAAAAGUUUUUACCGUCCUUGGCACAGUCAAGUUGAUCGCAUAACAGGUGAAUGCUCAGUAUUUUUGGGUAUUCCAUAUGCUCUGCCACCCACAAUGGAGGGACGAUUUAAGCCACCUCGACCACAUCGUGGUUGGCAAUUAAUGCAGGCCGUAGAUUUUGGUCCAGCAUGCCCACAACCAGUAAGAUAUACAGGUGCCACAAAAGGUAUCCGCGACAUGGACGAAGACUGUUUGUACCUCAAUGUGUUUUCACCCAGUGUAAAGGCUGGAAUCGCUCAAAAAUAUCCAGUCAUGGUUUAUAUUCAUGGUGGUGAUUUUUCACAUGGCGCCUCAAAUACAUUUCCCGCCCAUGUAAUGGUGACAUUUUACAAGGUGGUUGUGGUAACCAUAAACUAUCGAUUGGGUGCACUCGGCUUUUUAUCGACUGGAGAUGAAAAUUCACCCGGGAAUUAUGGUAUAUUGGAUCAAUCGAUGGCAUUAAAAUGGGUGUAUGAUAACAUUGAAUUUUUCAACGGAGAUCGUCAGUCGAUAACUUUGUUUGGUCCAGGCGCUGGAGCAGCAUCGGCGGGCUUAUUAAUGGUGGCCCCUCAAACUCGCGACAUUGUAACUAAAGUAAUAGCCACAAGUGGAUCUGCGCUAGCCGAUUGGGCUUUAAUUCAAGAUAAAUAUCGAGCUCAAAAUACAACACGUGUGUAUGCACAGCUAUUGGGCUGUUCAAUUGAAUCGUCAUGGAAAAUUGUCAACUGUUUGACACGAGGUAGAAGUUUUUAUGAACUUGGCAACGCUGAAUUUAAUCCACAAGUUGGAAAUAUUCCAUGGGGCCCUGUCCUUGAAAAUAAUUUCACAUUUCCAGGAGAUAACUGGUAUGAAGGAUGGCGAGAAGCAGAUUGGCACUUUUUGAGUAAAACGCCAGAAGAACUCAUUAGAAAACGUCAAUUUAAUCCAAAAUUACAUUAUAUGACAGGUGUUACAAUGCAAGAAGCUGCCUAUAUUAUUUCACAAAAUGAAACACUGUCCCCAUACUACGAAGUGACCGAAAAGUUUUUCGAUCAAAAAGUUAAAGAGCUGGUUUUACGAUAUAACUAUACAUUGAAUCCAAUUGGAGUAUACGAAGCGGUAAAAUAUAUGUAUACAUAUUGGCCUAAUCCGAAAAAUACAACAUUUAUUCGUGAACAAUAUAUUCAUCUAUUGUCUGACUUUUGGUACCGAGCACCGGUCGACAAAAUGGUGAAAUUGCUUGUUCAGCAAAAAGUGCCAGUUUAUUGGUAUGUAAUGAAUACAACGGUUGAAGCAUUUAAGCUGCCAGAAUGGCGAAAAGUGUCACACGAUGCAGAGCAUUUCUUCUUGACUGGCGCACCAUUUAUGGAUACCGAAUUUUUCCCAAAGAAAUUGCGUUUGGAGCGAAAUAUGUGGACCGACAAUGAUCGAAAUAUGAGUCAUUUCUUUAUGAAAACAUACACUGAUUUUGCUCGCUACGGAAACCCGACACCACAACAAGUGCUUGGCAUUCAUUUCGAUAUGGCAAAAGAUGGCGAAUUAAAAUAUUUAAAUUUAAAUACGACAUACAAUUCAUCGAUAUUACUGAACUUUCGACAAACCGAAUCUGCUUUUUGGUCUCAGUACUUGCCAACUGUGAUUGGGGUGCUUGUACCGACAUAUCCACCUUCAACGGAAUGGUGGUGGGAGCCAAGGGAACCUUUGCAAAUAGCAUUUUGGAGUAUGACGGGAGCAUGCAUGUUCCUAAUGGUUAUUGUUGUCAUGUGUUGCAUACUAUGGAGGAACGCUAAAAGACAAGCCGACCGAUUUUAUGACGGUGAUAUAUUUAUUGAUGCCGGUGAAUCGGAUGCUGUGCUUGGCAUCGAAAAUAAAGGAGCACAAACCAAUCCGUUACGAACGCCGGAUAACAUCUACGAAUUCAAGGAUACAAAGCCACCGAAAUCAAUUCAGGAUACAACAUCACUUCGUUCACCCAGUUCGUUGGGAAUUACUCAAACUACGAAAACAAACAGCCAAACGUCAUUGCAUAGCGGUGCAAUUUCGCUGAAAGAAUCACCUGUUACUCCAACACCGCGUGAUACAAUCGACAAAAAGUUUAAUGACCGUAGUAUAUCGACAAAUCCACGCGGAAGAUAUGAAGAUGGUCGUAAUCUAUUAAGUAAUUAUGAAAAAUCACGCGAAACUAUUUCAACUGACGAAAGUCCAACUGAGUACAAAUUGUCAACGACGCCAAUUCCAACGACCCGUAAAAGUAUUAAAUCGAGUAAAACUCACCUCAUUGAAGGUAUCCCACAAACAGAAGUUUAAUUCAAAACAGCAAACAUUUAAUAGGCUGAUUUUUUUUAAGGAUUUUAAAUGUGUAAGAAAAAAGUUCUUUUCAUCAGUUACAUCAUUUUUCACGAAUUUAUUGAAAUAAUAUCUCUUCUGAUAACAUUUGUCACUAACUAUUAUUACUUCUUUACUUCAGUGUAGUGCCACCAAUAAUAUAUUUUGUAAAAAAAAAACACAAAAUCAAUAAACGCGAAACCGAUGAGCUUAGAACAAAAAAGAUAAUCAAAAUCAACAAUUAAUCAUCCAUUUAUCAUUUAGUCACAUGAAUAAUAAAAUAAAAGAAUGAAAAAAGUACAUUCAUUUCUUCUUAAAUUGUAUGUUCAUCAACUGGACAUUUUGGGUGUAUAAUAAAUAGGCUCAGUUUGUAAUAAACUAUGUAUCCAUUUCGGUUUUAGUAAUCUAUAAUUAAAAUUAUGUUAACCAUGUUAUUUCUUUCAUUCGUACACGGGAUAGUGCUUCUUCUAUAUGUUCGGCGAUUUCAUGUUGGAAAAUAAUAUCUUUAUUUUAAAAAAAAUAAUUUUAUCCACAUUGAAAUACCUACUGAGAAUUUCAUUUAAAGACUAUUGCUUCUUCUGUUUUGUAACGAUUUUUCUUAAAUUUGUUUUGAGAGAAUUUUUGCUUUCGUCUUAAUUUUAAAUUCGAUUUUUUUUUUCGGUGAUAGGUGUAAUUUGUCAUAGUUGACAAUUGGAAUAGUGUUUUGUUUUUGUUUCAUUUAAACACAAUGAGUAUGUGCACCGUUUUGAUCACAUUGAAAAACCGAAUUAAAAACAUAUAGAACGUAGAUCUCAUCGAUACAUUUGCUCGAUAUAAAAUAAAUGCAAAGAAAAUAGUUGAAUGGUUAAAUGUAAUUGAAUUGAAGCAAUAAUACUGUGAAAUAAAAUGUGCUCUUUAAAAGUGCCUUAACCAAAUCAAAAGGUAUAUAGUAUGUUUCGGACAGCUAAAUUUCUAUGCAAAGAAUAUUGGCCGAAUGCACGAAACCAAUUGUUGUUAACCAGAUUCUUUAUUUGUAUUUAUAUUAACUACAUUGACUAUGCGUCUCUCUUUAGAACGAUAUUAGAUUUUCGCAUAAUUCGUAUUGAUUUUUUUUUUCAUUUAGUAUGGUCUAUAUAAAUGUAAUUUGUGUACUUCAUCUAUAAGUUCAUUUUUUCCUAAGUUUAUAUUUUAGUUUUAUGUAUUGUGUUAAGUAUGUCCACGUACUGUUUUGUAUUUGUGUAUCGUCGACCUUAUCCGUCCGUCCAAUCGUGCAUAGUUUUAGUAUAGUAGGUUUGUAAUUUGAAUCGUUUUGUGCUCGUAACGCGUUUUAACGACAGUGCAAAUCAAUUUUAAUUUUUUGAAUAAUAGUUUCGUUAGUUUGUAAUUUCAUUUUUUGAUUAUUAAAACGUAGUAGAUGUUUAAGAUUCAUUUAAGCUAUUAUUUCCAUAUAGACACAACAGAUAUAGGGCGUAAAAUUUUAAAAGAUGUAAAUAAACUCGAGAUAUAUAUGUUCGGCUUAAAAUAUACAAAUAUCGCGAUAUAGUAUUUAAAGGAAUUUUUCCAUGAAAAUAAAACGCAUAAAUCGUAUCCAUAACAUCGAUUUAAUCAUAAAAAUCAAACUAAAACAACUUAAACAAACAUGAUGUAGAGUAGUUAUACAAAGAAAACAGAUUUUGAUAAAUGUAUUUUCUUAAAAUAUAUAACAUUGAUGCAAAACUAUGAAUAAAGUGGAAUAAUA